AUGAUGUUAGGUGUGCCGCACAGUGCUGUGCAUGGCUGUUCUGACAGUGAUGUUUGCCGAGAGCCGAGACGCCGCCCUACAAUGGCCGCGAUGUCCUCAUGGCAGGAAUCUUGGUAAAAUUGUUCGCUCCUUCUGAGACACGUGGACAGCAGUCUGUGACAACAGAAAACACGCUCACGUCCGCCACAGAAGCAGAGGUUUGAUCAUGUCUGCAAUGUGCCUUUCCCAAAACUCAAAGCUUGCUUGUCUUCUGUUGUGCUCUGUAAGAACCAGAUGCACGAUCUGCGCGAGCGUCUUUGAGAUCAAAGGCCGCUUUAGGAAAGGGGAAGGUUGAUCUCACCAUUCUGCGGCGACUUUGAUCCGCUGCAGCUCCUCAGAAGCAUCCUAGAUUGAUGUACAUGGUGAUGCGACAUGGCUGACCAAAACCCUGAUGAGGCGUUGAACGGGCUGAGCAGCCACGAGGUCGAAUCCCUCCGAGCCCAGCAUGGUUUCAACGAGGUUAAGACAAACCAGACCCCGGAGUGGAAGAAGAUCCUGUGGCGCUACCUGGACUGGGUGUCGAUCAUCAUUCUGAUUGCGGCUAUCAUCAGUGCGACUGUGGAAGUUCAAGGGGGCAGAGGAUGGACCAGCUUUGCGCUUCUCAUCGUGGAGCUCAACCUGAUCGUGUGGGUGGGGUAUUACUCGGAGAGGAAUGCAGGAAAUGCAGUCAAGGAACUAGAGGCCCUCACUGUGCCAAUGGCCCAAGCGAAGCGAGACGGCAAGUGGCAGCAGGUGCCUGCUCGGGAGCUCCUCCCCGGCGACAUCAUUGCGCUCAAAGGGGGUGAUGUCAUUCCUGCUGAUGCACAGUUGGUGGGCGAAGGAGAGCCGUUGCUGGUCGACGAGUCCAGUCUCACUGGGGAGUCCCUCCCAGCCUCACGAAAACCUGGACAUCAGAUUUUGGCGGGUGCGACUGUGACGCAAGGCGAGCUGGACGCUCGAGUCACCGCUACGGGCGCCGACUCGUUCUUCGGAAAGACGAUCGCCCUCUUGGGAGCGCCGGAGGAAAGGGGACAUCUGCAAACAGUCCUGAACCAGGUCUCCAUCGCCCUGGCAGUGGUCUCCUUUUUCGCGGUCGUCGCAAUUGCUGUCGUCCUCAUGGUCGCCCAGGACGCGUCCCCCGGCUAUGCUGUCGUCACCGCUUUCGUCAUCUUCGUCUCGGUGGUCCCGAUCGGCAUGCCAGUUGUCACCACAACAGUGCUCGCAGUCGGCGCGCGCGAGAUGGCGGGAGAACGCGCUAUCGUCACCAGGCUUUCCGCUCUGGAAGAACUUUCCGGCAUGGAGGUUCUGGCCAGCGACAAGACCGGAACAUUGACUCUAAACCGGCUGACGCUCGACAAGGAGGACAUCCUGGCGUGGGGGGACAGCUCCAAAGAUGACGUCCUGCUGACGGCAUCCCUGUCGGCGAAGUGGGACCACAACGACGCCAUUGACAAGGCUGUGACUGAAGCGAUGGGUGGAGACAAACAGAUCGUCUCCAGCUACAAAGUGACGAAGUUCGUUCCGUUCAAUCCGGUCGACAAGAAGACGGUCGCCCACGUCACCCUUCCGGACGGAACCAAGAUGGUGACCACCAAAGGCGCCCCACAGAUCAUCCGCGACCUUUUGAGCGACCCCGCGGCGCGCGAGGCGUGCGACAAUUACAUCGCCGAGCGGGGGAGCCGCGGACUCCGGUCCCUGGGGGUGGCGAAAUCCGCCGACGGCACGGGGGGGUGGACGCUGACUGGGCUUAUCAGUCUGCUGGACCCCCCUAGGACGGACUCUGCGGCGACCAUCAAGACAGCGCAGGAGAUGGGGGUCGAGGUGAAAAUGGUGACUGGGGAUCAGCUCGCAAUCGCCAUCGAAACCAGCCGCCGGCUUGGCCUGGGCAUCAAUAUCAUGGAAGGAAAGGAGCUCAUGGGCGAGAAUGAGAUCGGGCGGAGCCUUGUUGAGCGGGUGGAUGACGUCGACGGUUUUGCCGGUGUUUACCCCGAGCACAAGCACCGCAUCGUGGAGUCGCUCCAGCGCAAGGGCCGCUUGGUGGGCAUGACCGGGGAUGGCGUGAACGACGCCCCGGCGCUCAAGAAGGCUAACGUCGGGAUCGCCGUUGCGGGUGCCACUGCCGCGGCCAAGGGAGCGGCUGACAUCAUCCUGACGGAGGAGGGUAUUUCCACCAUCAUUACCGCGAUCCGGCGGAGCCGCAUGAUCUUCCGCCGGCUCGAGACGUACAUCAUCUACCGCAUGGCGAGCAGCAUCCUGAUCCUGGGCUUCUUCUUCUUCGCCAUCAUUGUGCUGACGUUUGAGAUGCCCACGUGGGCGCUGGUCCUCAUCAGCCUCUUCAACGACCUCUCCGUCAUGGCCACGUCCUUCGACAUGGUGCACAGCUCCGACAGGCCGAUGGUGUGGAACAUGAUCAAGGACUUGCUGGUUGCCCUCGGCAUUGCUUCCGUCGGAAUACUGGGUUCCGUUCUGCUCCUCUACUUCGCGUCCCUCGACGAACUCAACUGGUGGCCGUCGGGCUAUCAGCUGGAGAGGACGGGAGACCCGCGGAUCACCCCUGGGCAGGUCGUUGCCGUCAUGUUCCUGGCGCUGGUCGCCCUGAUCCAGCUCAACAUUCUGCUGACCCGCAACCCCACGUUCUUCUGGCGCUUCGGCCAGAAGUCCGCGCCGCGCCCGUCCAUCAUCCUGUUGCUGCCCAUGUGCGCGUUCCUGCUCGCGGCCACAUUCAUUGCGGUGUACUGGCCGUCUGACGUGUCACCUGACGGGGGCGUCGGGAACAUGGAGGGCGCAGGCUGGGUGCCCAUCCUGAUCACGUGGGCGUACGUCAUCGCGUGGUGGCUCCUCGCCGACCUCGUCAAGGUCGCCAUCCAGCGCCUCUUCACGCGCUAUGACGUCAUCGUCGCGCAGUGCAAGGAGACAGGGGAACCGCACCCCGGGUGGGUGCGCGCGCUGGACGCGCCCGCGGAGUGGGUCAACCGGGUCGGGGAGUGCCUACCGAGCCCCUCGCUUGCAUUUGCGCGCACGCUGGACGCGCGCGUGACGGGCUCCAAGGCGCUUCAGAAGAGCAGCGCGCUCCGGAAGCUCCUCAGGCGCCCGCGCGCGCCGGGGUCCACUUCGACCGGGGCCCUUGGGCCAAAUCUGCCCCUGGACCCCCCCAGAGCAAAUCCGCCGCCCAUGUCGCUGGUCGAAGCGGUGCAGUCCGCAGCGUCGUCGCCCAGAAAUGCGUCCGCAGGGGGCGGCCUCAUGAGGAAGAUGUCCGCAGCCAGCGUGUUGCCAACUAGAUCGAUGCAGAGAACGCUCUCGCGGAAGGCGUCCGCGCCAACCGUGUUGGUGGGCGGGCGGGGGGCGCCCGCGGGGACGAGGGGGCAGGAGAUUGAGAUUGUGGUGGACCGGCGGCAGUGAGAAGCAAUAACACUUCAACUAUUUGAAGCUUCAGCUCACCAGCCUUGGGCGGGUAGGGUUACUUUGGGGGUGCGGCGUGGGUACGGGUGCGGAGCAAGAUGUUUUUAUAGGUUAGGAUUCAGUGUCUGGUUUGACCUUCUAAUUAGGUUUUAUUUCUAUUACGUGUCGCGACAUGAAAGUGAGUGUGGCAGUCUAGUAAGUCCCGUUUCACUUAAGAGGCAUUUGACUUACUACAGGCGUUGGGGAGAUGGGGGGUUCAGCAUGGUGGUUAGGUGGGUUCGGGUGCGGAGCGUGUAAAGUUUGAGAUAAUCGCCUCUAAAGUGAUAUGAGAGUUACCAGAAUGGUCGGGCGGUGUCUUGUAAUGCUUGCAAAGGGUAUUGGCAUUGAUCACAGACCGGGGUUGACGUCAGAAGAACAGAGACGGCAAGAAUGAAGCUCGACUUUGAGGGACAUGAAGCGACUGGAAGAGUUCCAAGCUCCAACUGCUCUGUACUUAAUGUUAAGUCAUUUGCCGACUUCGCUUGGACAGAGCCGAGGUUGUCCGGUCAGCGGACGGAGUUGCCUUCAUCAGUCUAUCAUUGGUGCGAGUUAUGAUCGAACACGAGCUGACACCCGCUGACUAAGCAAGUUUUCACGUUAGAUAAGCUUGAUUCCGGGCGGUAUCCACGUCUGAAGCGGUUGUGUGUAGAAAAAUUGAGGUCUUGGUCCUAAGUUUAGCUGUCUGAAGAACAGCCAUGAGUCAAAACCUGGGUGUUUUGGGGUUGUGCAUCGCGGAGCUGAUCAGCAUCAACAUGAUACUACCAAUCAUUACACGGACUCUAUGCUCGGGAUCAAUGUCGUACCUUUACGUAGCUUUGUAACUCCCAUCUGAUUCGGUGCAUCUUCAAUGAAAUCACAUCGCC